AUGAGGCCUGGACAGAGUCUGAGGACAAAGAUGAUCUCUGAGAAAUUGAAGACAGCCCCCAGGAAGAUUGAGGUGGAGCGUGCCCACAUGACUGGAAAACCCAUCACCGGUCCAGAUAGGGGAAACAAGAAAAGACAGCAUCCCGACCUCUCCCCUCACCUCUGGCAACCCAACAGCAGGAGCCCAGGCCCAGACCUACACCCACACAACAGGUCUAUCCUCCCCCCUGCCUACAACCACCAGAGACAAGACCUCACUACCAUCAGCCUGCUGAGAGACAGGCUGGCUGUGAUAGAGGUAUGGGUUACUGAGCUGAAGGAGCAGCCCCCCAGCUACACUACCAUCAGCCUGCUGAGAGACAGGCUGGCUGUGAUUGAGGUAUGGGUUACUGAGCUGAAGGAGCAGCCCCCCAGCUACACUACCAUCAGCCUGCUGAGAGACAGGCUGGCUGUGAUUGAGGUAUGGGUUACUGAGCUGAAGGAGCAGCCCCCCAGCUACACUACCAUCAGCCUGCUGAGAGACAGGCUGGCUGUGAUUGAGGUAUGGGUUACUGAGCUGAAGGAGCAGCCCCCCAGCUACACUACCAUCAGCCUGCUGAGAGACAGGUUGGCUCUGAUUGAGGUAUGGGUUACUGAGCUGAAGGAGCAGCCCCCCAGCUACACUACCAUCAGCCUGCUGAGAGACAGGCUGGCUGUGAUUGAGGUAUGGGUUACUGAGCUGAAGGAGCAGCCCCCCAGCUACACUACCAUCAGCCUGCUGAGAGACAGGCUGGCUCUGAUUGAGGUAUGGGUUACUGAGCUGAAGGAGCAGCCCCCCAGCUACGCUACCAUCAGCCUGCUGAGAGACAGGCUGGCUCUGUUAGAGGUAUCGGUUACUGAGCUGAAGGAGCAGCCCCUCAGCUACACCACCUUCAGCCCAGAAACAGAGCUUCUACAGGACCAGAUCAACCAGUGCAAGGAGCCAGCUGAAGAACUCUGGAGCUGAGAGAGAGCCUUACCACAGUGCUUGAGGAGAAACAACAGUGACAGCACCGUCAACAACAACGGAAGGGAUCUGUUGCAGCUCUGUAGAAGCCUGGGUCUGUACUUUGUCAAUGGACCUGAGCCCUAGGACCAUGCCCCAGGACUACCUGACAUGAUGACUCCUUGCUGUCCCCAGUCCACCUGGCCAUGCUGCUGCUCCAGUUUCAACUGGCCUGGGCCCUAGGACCAUGUCCCAGGACUACCUGACAUGAGGACUCCUUGCUGUCCCCAGUCCACCUGGCCAUGCUCCUGCUCCAGUUUCAACUGUUCUGCCUUACUAUUAUUCAACCAUGCUGGGUCAUUUAUGAACAUUUGAACAUCUUGGCCACGUUCUGUUAUAAUCUCCACCCGGCACAGCCAAAAGAGGACUGGCCACCCCACAUAUGCUCUCUCUAAUUCUCUCUCUCUCGGAGGACCUGAGCCCUAGGACAGUGCCCCAGGACUACCUGACAUGAUGGCUCCUUGCUGUCCCCAUUCCACCUGACUGCUGCUGCUCCAGUUUCAACUGUUCUGCCUUAUUAUUAUUCGACCAUGCUGGUCGUUUAUGAACAUUUGAACAUCUUGGUCAUGUUCUGUUAUAAUCUCUACCCGGCACAGCCAGAAGAGGACUGGCCACCCCACAUAGCCCGGUUCCUCUCUAGGUUUCUUCCUAGGUUUUGGCCUUUCUAGGGAGUUUUUCCUAGCCACCGUGCUUUUACACCUGCAUUGUUUGCUGUUUGGGGUUUUAGGCUGGGUUUCUGUACAGCACUUUGAGAUAUCAGCUGAUGUACGAAGGGCUAUAUAAAUAAAUUUGAUUUGAUUUGAUUUG